CGCUGAGUAGCUGAGCGGCUCUAGGGCUGGGCGGGGCGGAGCCGGCAGAGCUCAGCGCCCGCGCUGAGCUGCCCGCUCCGGCGGCUGAGCUGCUCGCCCGCGGCGACUUCGCGCCGGGGUCUCCAGCAUGACCGAGCUAAGGCAGAGGGCGGCCCGCGAGCCGGACGCACCGCCCGAGGACAAGGUACUUCUUGCUGUGUGUAAAUUAUUUCUUCUAUGGUGAAACAGUAACGGAUUACUUCUUCACUCUGGUCCAAAGAGAGGAGCCUUUGCGAAUUCUCAGCAAAUACCACCGGUUCAUUUCCUUUACUCUGUAUCUAACAGGAUUCUGCAUGUUUGUGCUGAGUCUGGUCAAGAAGCAUUAUCGACUGCAGUUCUACAUGUUUGGCUGGACCCAUGUCACCUUACUGAUUGUUGUAACCCAGUCACACCUUGUUAUCCACAAUCUGUUUGAAGGAAUGAUCUGGUUCAUUGUCCCCAUUUCCUGUGUCAUCUGUAAUGACAUCAUGGCCUAUAUGUUUGGCUUUUUCUUUGGUCGGACCCCACUCAUCAAGCUCUCCCCGAAGAAGACCUGGGAAGGCUUCAUUGGGGGCUUCUUUGCCACCGUGGUGUUUGGCCUCCUGCUGUCGUAUGUAAUGUCUGGGUACAGAUGCUUCGUCUGCCCUGUGGAGUACAACAACGACACCAACAGCUUCACGGUGGACUGUGAGCCCUCAGACCUGUUUCGCCUGCAGGAGUACAACAUUCCUGGGUUGAUCCAGUCAGUCAUUGGCUGGAAAACGGUCCAGAUGUACCCCUUCCAGAUUCACAGCAUUGCCCUCUCCACCUUUGCCUCGCUCAUUGGCCCCUUUGGAGGGUUCUUCGCGAGUGGAUUCAAGCGAGCCUUUAAAAUCAAAGAUUUUGCCAAUACCAUUCCUGGCCAUGGAGGCAUCAUGGAUCGCUUUGAUUGCCAGUAUCUGAUGGCCACCUUUGUCAAUGUGUACAUUGCCAGUUUCAUCAGGGGCCCUAACCCGAGCAAGCUGAUGCAGCAGUUCCUGACCCUGCGGCCAGACCAGCAGCUGCACAUCUUUAACACGCUCAAGUCUCACCUAACCGACCAGGGGAUGUUGACAGCCGCCACAGAGGAUGAGUAGGGGCUGCCCGGCUGGGAGAGCAGGAGCAGCACUAAGCAAGGGGCAGGUCUCAGGCAAGACCAGCUGGUGUGUGACUUAAACGAUGACAAGGCUUCAACUCACU